GAGCUCCUCGGACGCACGACAACACACCAAGUGAAGUGGAAAGCGGCUCCUGUUCUGCUCCUUAUCCCAUUUCGGACGCGGCGGGCGAGGCGACCCGGGAUCAGACCGCUGGCAGAACCGGACCGAAAGGAAGACGCUGUAGUUCAGAAGACAGUCUCGGCUUUAGUUGUUAUCUCGAAGAGUACGUCCAUCUAAUGACGGCAGAGGUCCAGCAGCCCCCAGCGCAGACUCCUGCCCAGAGCAGCCCCAUGUCUGCUCCGGAGAAGCCGCACGGACAGACGUCGGUGAUGGAAACCGCCUCCUCUACCACGAAAACCAAGAAGACCAACGCUGGGAUUCGACGACCAGAGAAGCCCCCUUAUUCGUACAUAGCGUUAAUAGUCAUGGCUAUCCAGAGCUCUCCCACCAAGCGCCUGACGCUCAGCGAAAUCUACCAAUUUCUGCAGAGUCGCUUCCCGUUUUUCCGAGGCUCGUACCAGGGAUGGAAGAACUCCGUGCGUCACAACUUGUCCCUGAACGAGUGCUUCAUAAAGCUGCCCAAGGGCCUGGGUCGGCCGGGGAAGGGCCACUACUGGACUAUCGAUCCAGCUAGUGAGUUCAUGUUCGAGGAAGGCUCCUUCAGAAGGAGGCCGAGGGGGUUCAGGCGCAAGUGCCAGGCGCUGAAGCCCAUGUACAGCAUGAUGAACGGCCUGGGAUUCAACCACAUCCCCGACUCCUAUAAUUUCCAGGGGAGCGGCGGGGGCCUGUCCUGUCCGCCCAACGGCUUGUCUCUGGACAGUGGAAUUGGGAUGAUGAAUGGACACUUGGCAGGUAACAUGGAAGGGAUGGGUCUAUCCGGACACUCCAUGUCCCACUUGUCGGCCAACAGUGGACAUUCCUACAUGGGAAGUUGUACUGGAUCCACUGGGAGUGACUAUCCCCACCACGACAACUCCGCGUCGCCCCUGCUUCCCAGCGGGGGAGUCAUGGAGCCCCACGCCGUCUACUCGAGCUCGGCCUCGGCGUGGGCUCCGGCGCCGUCGGCCUCUUUGAACAACGGCGCCUCCUACAUUAAGCAGCAGCCUCUGUCUCCUUGUAAUCCGGGAGCGAACCCGCUGCAGCCCAGCUUGCCCACGCACUCACUAGACCAGCCGUACCUGCACCAGAACGGGCACAGUACCACAGACUUGCAAGGCAUUCCUCGGUACCAUUCCCAGUCUCCCAGCAUGUGUGACCGAAAGGAGUUCGUGUUCUCGUUCAACGCCAUGACGUCCUCGGCCAUGCACUCGCCGAGCAGCGGCUCGUACUACCACCACCAGCAGGUCUCCUACCAGGACAUCAAGCCCUGCGUCAUGUGAUGCCUCCACGGACAGUCCGCGGACUGGAGGACGCUGUCACGGACUCGAGCCACGCAGCACGUUGAACUGGGACGAGAACAAAUGCCAAAUAACCACUGAGAGACACGCGUGGCACCCUCGGGCCUGUGGGGCGCGCGCUGCGUCGAGUGGACCGGACUACUUUCCUGUACUGGUUCACACAGUAAAGACACGGAGACACGAAAACCACAAAGUCACGGCACAGCGGCGACAAUAAUAAUCUAUAAUAAUAAGCGUCUUCGUGCCAUCAACGUCGGCCAGCGGGGUUGAGGCUGGCGUAAAAGCCCUGCUGCUGUUUGGUACUAGGCCUAAAUCGGAUUAACCACCACUUCACACCUUUCUUACGCUUAUUCUCCUUGUAAAGUUAGGCCAAUGUACAAAUACACACUUCCGUCUUCUCCGUUCAACGUUUUUACUUUUCUUUCUACAAGCGUUGAAUUUUGAAACGAACAAUUAUGGACAAACACACAAUCACCGUGUGUCCAUAUUUACUGUGUAAAAACGAUGAAGGCACUUUUUGAAUAGCCUAUAAGCGCAAACUUUUUAUUUAUUCAGUAGGCCUACGUAUUUUAAAUUCAGGCGAAUUGGCCAAGGAGGUUUAUGCUUUAUUGGCAAUAUUUGUCAGAACGCUUAAUAUUUGUUUAAAAUGAAAUUUGAGAAUAUGUUGUAAGCACUGUUCUUUGUGUUAGAUAUAUGUAGACCAUUACUUUCAGCACUGUAUACUUAUAUGAAUAUAUAUAUAUAGAUAUAUAUAUAUAAAUAUAAAAGAAAAAUAGGGAGGGUCCAGCAGUGAAGGCUAAACUUUAGGUUAUAUUACAAUAGUUCAAUUGUAAGAAAUACAAGAAAUAUCUUUUUGAAAUUUUAAAUCUAAAUUCACUUAAAACAAGACGUUCCCUGCGUUUCAUCGCUGGUACACUGUAAAGUAAUAUGGCACCAUGGGUGGAAAGGACAUCCUAAUACAACGCAAUUCAAUAGGUAAAGAUAAUUCAGCAAAUUAGAAAUAUUAAACGUCCAAUUAAUCACCCAAUUAAUUUGGCCAAACUCGGAUCCUAUGAGUUAGAUGAACUGCGCCUUAUGAGAUACUCAGCUAAAAACUUAAAGCACAAUUUUCUAUACGCCCCAUACUAGGAUUGUAGUAGUGCUCUAGAAAAUGUCAGGACCAUCACGGCUGUGUUUCACACCACGGAUGCAGCCAAAGUGCCUGUCUGUUUUUGUUUUCUUCACCUGGCAGGAGCAGGUCAUAUCUGUUAUUGUAAACUGAUGUUAUACGAAAAAAAAAUCUGAUUUUCCACGGGUCAAUGGCAACGAUUCAUUGAUGUCGAUUUAAAAUAAAUGCUUUGAAAAGUUAAACACGCCUCGUUGUGAGAGUGCACGCAGCCAUUAAAGCGUAACAAAUCGGAGGAGCAGGCUGGGCUCGUGUUCGGUUACAGGGUCAGAACCUACAGGUCCCUCUGGUUCGGUCCUACAUGCCGUAAUACACUGGUGCUGAACUUAAAGGUAAUAGCGCAAAACAAUUGGGUUUAAACGCAUGGGCUUCAUAGAAAUAUAAUCUCUAAAACUGACAACUUGAGAGUAAAAGAUUUCAUAAAAAUCCACAGGCAAAGAAUUUAAGUCUCCACAGAAACUUCAACUUUCCGCUGGUUGUUAGUUGAUUAUUGUAGCUUGAGUUAAAUCUUUUUAUAAUUGUUUGCUCAUUUGCUUCAUAUGCAACUGGCUGCACAUAACGGUAACGUUAAGUACACGUGGUGCAAGUUAAGAUCUUUAACAUUUAAAUAGAUUUUAAUUCGGGUGAAAACUGGUGAACAACAUCAUAUUUAAUGAGUACAGGUUUAGUUCACAACAAUGACCUUAUUUUAAGUUGGCAUAAUCUAUUAUAUUCAAUUACAUCACUGCUUUUCAAAGUAUUUUGUAUGAAUUAGAUACAUGUGUCAGAAGUGGCUGCAUUUAAGGCAGAUGCAGAUGAACUGAUUUUGAAUUGAAACUAUUUUCUCUCAGGUUCUUUUGCUUCCUUCAUAUUUAAGCUAAAAGGUGUAAAAAGGACUAAGAACAAAUGUGUUCAGUGUGUGGA